AUGUCACAUACUACAGGAACAUCUGACAAGGACGUCUACAGUUCGUUGCAUAUCGUGUCCAACAUGAACCUAACAGACCACACCUCAAGUGUCAGUGCGGAGACACCGAAACAAUGGAGACUCUUCUCAGAGACAGGGGUUCGGUUGACGUUUGGUUUGUCUUCGCCGCAAGAAAGGAGAAGACUGACUCGGAUGUUGGCGUCAGUGCUCACCGCUCUGCGCUCUCGCGCUACAAGGGUUUCGAUGAAGGGCUUAAGCUACAUCAAGAGCAAGCGUGACAACAACGACACCUGCGACUACGGCGAGGAUUGUGAGGACGAUGAGGAUGAUGAUGAUGGUGGUAACUAUGAGGAGGAUGAUAGCUCUGAGGAGCAUGAAGAAGAUAUGGAGGAGGAUGAACAGACGGAUACCUACGAUGUCGACAAUGACGCCUUCGCCGGUAGACCGAUGUCGCCAUCGCCAACUCUUUUUACCCAAAGAGAGCAGACCCGCGCUACUGAUGAUACUCCUCCUGGAUUUCAAGCUGGCAACUGCCUGCGUCCUUCUCUCGUACACUUACACAGUCGAGGUAAAGCUUUCCGCCGAGGCGAAUCAAUGUGCAGUUUGCGUGAUCGAGGAUACCGCUGA